AUUAAUUCAGCUGAUGAACUAGUCCUAACCGAACUAAUCUUUGAAAAUGCUUUCGCUGAUUAUGACUAUUCGGAAAUUGUAGCAUUGUUGUCUUGUUUUAUAUUUCAGGAAAAGCUGGAAGAGCAACCAGAACUUAUUCCUAAAUUAGAAGAGGGUAAAAAAACAAUUCGUGACUUCGCACAAAAAGUAUAUGAAGUACAAAAACAAUGUAAACUCACUGAUGAUGCUGGUGAUGCUAAUGUUGUUAAUGAUGGUGUUGAUCUUAUUUUUGAUGACGUUGUUGAUGUUAAUAAAUUUAAUUUUGGCCUCGUUGAGAUAGUUUAUGAAUGGUCAAGAGGGAAGGUAUAUAUAGAUCUCACUGAAGUAAUGGGAGGUUCAAUUGUUAGAUGUAUUACUCGAUUGGAUGAAACAUGUCGUGAAGUAAAAGAAGCUGCAAAAAUAGUAGGAACUUUAUCAUUAUGUAAAAAAAUGGAAGAAGCACAAAGUUCUAUAAAACGCGAUAUAAUAUUUGCUAAAAGUCUGGUACGUAGUGAUAAAAUUUUAAUUCUUAAAUUCUAA